AUGCCACUCUCUCGGUCGCUUUUGGCCGCGGUUGUGCUUCUGGGUGCCACUGUUCAAGCCACCGCAGUCUCGGGCACCGCAAUCGGAUUUGCAACUGGCACCACGGGUGGUGGUGAUGCGACCGCCGCUGCUCCGAGUGACAUUACGGAGCUUACGGAGUGGUUGACUGACAGCACCCCUCGGGUGAUUUUGAUCGAUAAAGAGUUCAACUAUCUCGAGAGCCAGGGAAAAUGUACCGACUGCAAGUGCUGCAUUCCCUCCUCCAACACGUGCGGAAGCUCUGGUCAGAAUGCCAUCGACGACUCGGACUGGUGCGGUGACUACCCUACGACAACAUGCGCAUACGAUAAGGCGGCUAUCGAAGGUAUUAAUGUGGCCUCAAACAAGUCUAUCGUGGGUGUCGGCAGCGCCGGUGUCAUUCGUGGUAAGGGGCUGCGGAUGGAGAACGGUGUUAGCAACGUCAUCAUCCAAAACAUUCACAUUACCGAGUUGAACCCUCAGUAUAUCUGGGGUGGUGAUGCCAUCACUCUCGACGGCACAGACCAGAUUUGGAUCGAUCAUGUCAAGAUUUCCCUCAUCGGUCGCCAAAUGUUCGUUGCGGGUUACAAGGCUAGCGGCCGCGUCACAAUCUCGAACUGUGAAUUUGAUGGUCAGACUAGCUGGUCUGCAACCUGUGAUGGCCACCACUACUGGACUAUUCUAGGAUACGGCAAAAAUGAUAAGGUGACUUUUACCGGAAAUUACAUCCAUCAUACUUCGGGUCGAUCCCCCAAGCUCGAGUUCAACAGCUACUGGCACACCUAUAACAAUUACUGGUUCAACAACACUGGCCAUGCUUUCGAUGUCGGUGAUGGAACAAACGCUUUGAUUGAAGGCAACGUCUUCCACCAGGUUGACACGCCUUUCCUCACGGACAGCAGUCCCGGCGAGUCCUACGCAGUGAGCUCUAGUGAUAAGUCUACCUGUGACUCUAAGCUCGGCCGAACCUGUGCUGUCAAUAGCCUGGUCUCGUCUGGAAGUCUCUCAGCCAGUGACGAGUCCGUCCUGUCUAGCUGGCCGAGUGGCGAGUCUGGCAUCACUGUUACGAGCGCCAGCCGGGUGAGAUCCUCGGUUCUCAGCAAUGCUGGAAUCGGCAAGCUGAGCAGCAGCUCUUCCAAGCGACAGGUUCAGCCUGUUCCUUAUGUUCCUGCCCACUCCCAGGCCGGCCCCGGUGCUACACCAGUCAGCGAGCCCCACAAGUGGACUUGGAAGACUGUGGGCGUCAAGCCUACCAAAGCCCCGCAGCCUGGCGCUAACUGA